AUGGAUGAAUCCUGCUCGCCCGCUCCUGAAAGCGUCCACUCCACUCCCCCAACGACUAUCCCCCAUGAAGCAAUUUUUACUCAACCCGACGUCAUUUCAAUCGACAACGCCACGGUCCAUUUCCCGCCUGGAAUGAACGAAGACCCUGUCGAGGCCGAGGCCGGCCAUGUCCCUCUUGGCCCACCCACGCAGGACGUCGACGAGACGAAGACGGGGAGCGUUAGGUUCAUGAUAUGGCCCUGGGGGGGUGGCAACCCGAAGUCUACGUACAGAGACGUCGCUAUGCCCUCCGACGUCGCUCUCAAAGGCAUCCGUCUCGUGGAGGAGCGCGCGGGCACUGAGGGAAAGCUCAUGGUAUGGGGAUCCCGCGCCAACUGGAUCUUGGGGAACGUAUCAGACGCUAAGAUUUCGGUCACCAAUCAAACCCGCAGCGUGCUGGAUACCGCCAACAACGAGUUUCUGGCGGCUCCUCUUGCCGAGUUUCGCUUUUUGAAGGGCGUCGUGCCUGUCUUCGUAUGGGUCAAGGAGGAGCGACCGCGCCCCCUUGGGUACUGCCUACCGCCCCUUCACAAGAAGACUUACAAAUACGUCCUCGACUUCCUGCGCAGGGAUAAUGUCGAUCUCGGAGCGGGCUGGAUGUUCUGGAACCUGGCGCUCUUCGAGAGAAGGCUACAGCCCUUGGAUCGUCGCUCGAGUGUUCGAGGCGACGCGAUGAACGAGACUUAA